AUGAAUCCCGGACGCUCAGAACGGCGUGUGGCUCUGCGUUCAUCAAAUAUGGGGCUCAUGCUGUACGCCGCAGUGGUCUUUCUGUUUGCGAUGCUGCUGUUACAUCAAGUUUACGCUUCACCCAGCACGCCGUUUGUCGAAAGCAUCCACAACGAUUCUAUUUUUGUCAUUCUCUCACCCGUCAAGUUGAGACCGAUCAUCAGUUACGUUUUGGAGUACUUUUUGUUAUUGUUGUCACGGGCAACCAGUAUCAAAAUCCCAUCAGCAUCUGAACUCGUCGGCUCCUGUCUCUCUAUUCUCACACGAGAGAGCUUGGAUAAAUUAGUCUCUACCGCACACUGGGCAACAGACAAACUCUUCACCUGCGAAAUUUCUUACAUGAUCACGAUCGCCAUAACCUCGUUUUUCACCGAGUUCUUUCAGAUCACAUAUCUACGGAUCUUCAUCAGUACUGGAGCCCUGGUGGUUACGAACACCUCAAACUUGGAUUUUCCAAAAGAGCGAGACUCUUUAUAUGAAGCGACACAUCAAUUCAAUUACAAAAUAUGCGCACUUGGCAGUGUCAUCUUUACUGCGAUCGACUACACCUCAUUUGUUCUUGACGCGAUCUUCACCCUGCGCCGUGUGGUCCAUCAGUGCUGGGGACCUGGAGAGAUAUACUGCUGUGGCACCCGGUCGGUAGUUAACUGCAUCGCAUCGGCCGUAGCGAUGGUAAUUAUUGGGUCCUCUGCGGUAGGACUAUUUAUUCGGGGUGCGGUAGAGAAUGUUCUGGAGAGUUGGAAGUUUCUUGAGGCUGCGCGUGACGAGGAGGCUGCCAGGUUUAGGUUUGAUCCUGAUACAAUGGAGAAGGCGGCCAAUGCUAUGAAGCAGAGGGGAAGAUUCACAGAGGAUGAUAGAGAAGAACAGAUGAAGGAGGAGGCUUUGCGGGAAAUAAUUCGCCUGUAUGAAGCGGAUGAGAUACAGGAUUCUCAAGUUAGUGCUGUGGAAGCAGCCGCUCAGACCGACUCCGUUCACAUACAAACGCAUCAAAAAUUAUAG